CUUAUUAAAUAGUUGCUUAUGGUUAUGAAAUUAUGGAAAAGCAUCAUGACUUCGAUCAGAAGGAGCGAAAAAUCAAGCUCUUAGAAGAGGAACUCCUCAAUGCAAGAAAUGAAGCUUCCAAAGCAGUGGAUGAGAUUGGAAUACUUCAGAACAGAUUAAGGGAAGCCACCUCACUCAAUAAUAACAACAAAGAUCUCCUGAAGGCAGAGUUAUGCAGGAGGGACGAGACGAUGCAGAGUCUGCGAAGGGAGGUGCUGUCUUUGCAGGAACACAGGGAUGCAGCCAUGGCAGAGCUGGAGGAGCAGGAGCGACUGAUGCAUAAGCUCAAAAUCACGGCACAAGACACUACACAACAGUUGGAUUCUGUCUCUGAAAGGAACAAGGAACUAAAAAGGUCCCUGGACAAAUGCGAAUCUGCACGCCACGAUGCACAGCAAAAGGCUUCCAAGUGGGAGGAGAAGAGUGGUAUGUUGGAGCGGGAGUUGGGCCGACUGGUGCCGGAGCUGUCCAGUGUGCGGGGGGAGAAUGAGAGACUGCGGGCAAGUGUGGCCCAGCUGGAAACCAGUCAGAUGCAGUCCAGACACUCUCUCACCUCAGAGUCGCAACUGCUGCAGGAGUCUCUGACGAAGUUGCAGGCGGAACACAGCCAGUUGUUGGAAGAGUGGCGUGGCCAGAGCAAUAGACUGGCGGAGCAGCAGCAGCUCCUGGCACAGUUGAGGGCCGAGGGGGAGGCUGGGAAGAAGAGGGAGGCAGAGUGGAGUGCGAGGGGGGAGGAGUGGGGCAGGAGAGAUCAGCUGCUCACCCAACAGACUAACACACUCAAAGUGGAGAAGGAGAACUUGCUGCGUGCUCUGAGUGAGGUGGAAGGCAGGUCAACAGAACACAUGAUGAUGCAGGACCACCAGAUUUCAGUCACCCAGGCAGAGUUCGACUGUUUGAAGGGGGAGUUGGAGGAGCUGAGGGAGAAGUACGAGAGUGCCAAGUACCACUUGGCCAGUCGGGAGGAGUGUCUGGCAGGUGUGGACAGUAGUCACCAGGAGUACAUGGACGAGAUAGGGAGGAGGGAGAGGAGCAUACACAAUCUGGAACUGCAGCUCCUCUCAGCACAGGAGGACAGCAGACGCACUCAUGAUGACUUGUCGCGGAAGGAGAGUGAGUUGCGGCAGCAGGAGGCGGACUUGGAGGGGGUGAGGAGACAGUACAGACAGGCGGUGGAGGAGAACGGCAAGUUGGAGGCCAAGAUGCAGGCACUCAAGAUCACCCAGUCCAGCGACACUGCAGUGCUGAGGGAGGAGAGGGACAGGGUGGGCGAACAGGCAGACAAACUGCGCAUAGAGGCCGACGAGUGGAGAACACGAGCGAAGCGGCUGGAGGAGAAGGUGGUGAGUCUGGAGCAGAGUGUGGACCAGUGCAACUACGAGGCUGGACAGUUGAGGAGUGAGAGCACGACCAAACAGGACAGUCUGCACACUGCACACAGACAGCUGGAAGACACACGCCAACAGCUGCACAAGACAGAGGAAGAGCUGAGAAGGUGUGAGGACUCUGUGAGUCAGUUCUCGGCUGAGCUGAGGGAGGUGAAGGCCAGGUGUGCCAGUGCAGAGAACACGGUGGGGAUGCGUGAUGAGGCUGUGAGUGAUUUGAAGAGUGAGUUGGAGAGUGUGAGGGGUCAGUACAGAGAGGCCAUGGACAGACUGGGCGAGAGGGAGGACACCAUCUCCCACUGCCACAUGGACAUACACUCUCUCAAGGCAACUCUCAAAGACACCACAGCACAGGUGGAUCUGAAGAAGGGCGAGUUGAGCAGGGCGGAGAAGGAGUUGGAGAGUGUGCGGGCGAGUGUGGUGAGUGGGAAGAAACAAGCGGAGGAGGGGAUGAGGAAGAAGGAGAGCCAGUGUCAGAAGCUGAGGGAGGAUCUGCUGGAGGCACAGCAGCAGUACAGCCAGUGCUACAACGAAGUGAUCAGACAGGAGGACAUGAUCAACCAGCUGAGGAAGAAUAACAACCAGCUGCACGAGCAGACCACCAACGACGCCGAGAGGAUGCUCAACAUGGCAGAACAGGUGCAUAAACUGGAGCUGGAUCUCUCUAUGGCACUGGAGCGGUACAGGGGCACCCAGAGUGAACUUGUCCAGAGAGACCAGGCCAUCCUGCGUCUGAAGGCAGACCUGGAGGAGACGGAGCAGAGGGCGGACACACUCCAGAAAGAGGUGGAUGAGAAGGGGGAGGAGGUGUGUCGUCUGAGUGGGAAACUGAAGAGUGUGCAGAGUGAGUUGGCACAGAUGGGACAGAGGGAGGAGGAGAGUGGGAAGCAGAUGAACUCACUCCACUCACAGAUCAACACUCUCCAACAACUCAAGGAGGAGCAUGAAAGGAGUUUGGAGGAGAGCAGUAGCAGCAUUGAGGAAUUGACCAGACAGUUGAGACAGGGCAAACAGCAGCACUUGCAGGAGGAGGACAGACUCACCCGACUCCUCCAUGACACCCAGAUACAACUGGACUCCGUUGGGAAGAAGUUGGGUGAGGUGGAGGCGACGAGGGAGAAGGAGAAGAGGGAGAUGGAGGGUGUGGAGAGGGAAUUGGUGGAAGUGAAGAGACUGCAUGCAGACCAGUGCGACAUGAAUAUGAUGGCGACUGAGAAGGUGCGCAGCUGUGAGAGUGACAUCGAGUCCCUGAGACACCAGGUGAUGACUGUGGAGCAGCAGCUGGCCUCCAGCAGACACAGUGGCGAGGCACUGCAGCAGGACCUCAACGCAGUUCAGGCCAAACAUCUGGAGGCACUGAAUGCCAUCAACGAGAUGGAGAACAAGUGCAUGGGUAUGGAGCAUCGGGUGGAACAGCUGCGCGAACAGUUGGGGGAGCGUGACAAUCAGCUGGUGGAGAUGCGCAGUAAGGUGGGGGGACUGGAACACACUGUGGAGUUGAAGGAGUCGCACAUCAGGGAGAACGAGGAGCUGCUGGCCAGUCUGAAUGGGGACUUGAGACACAGCCAGAGUGAGUUGAGUGCCAGCAGAAUCAAGUGCAGCGAACUCACAGCACAGUUGGAGGAGCUCAAGGACAAGUUGACUGAGACCACACACAGUAGUCGUCGUCAUGAGGAGCGGGCGAAGCAGGUGCACGCGGAGUACAUGCAGUACCAGCAGCAGCAUCAGCACUCGGUGGGGGAGGUGGGCGAGAGAGACAGUCGCAUCUCGGAGCUGACAGACAGGGCACUCCACCUGCAGUCAGAGUGUCAGGCAAAGGACGGUGAGUUGAGUGGGAAGGAGGAGCAGGUGCGUGUGUUGAGUGUGGAGUUGGCGGCCAUCAAGGAGCAGAGGAACCAGACGAAGAGGGAGCUGCAGAAGGUGGAGAAGAGUGAGAAGCAGACCUACAAACUGUUGGAGGAGGAGAAGGCCUGCCACAAGAAGAGCAGUGGUGCGUAUGAGGCCAGAGUGGCGGAGCUGGAGAGGGAACUGGGGUCUGCACAGGAGAGCAUCCGGCAGUACAGACAGGACAUCAAGCUGCAGAAUGAGGCACUGGAGAGGGCUCAGGCCCAGAUCACAGACACCACACACAAUCUACACAGCACCACACAACAGCUGAGUGGGGAGGAGAAGCGUGUGGUGGAGCUGGAGCAGCAGGUGGCCACUCUGAGUGGCACGAACUCUCACCAGGACAACCGGAUCUCACAGCUGACGGAGGACCUGGAGAAGGCCAGAGCAGAGCUGAAGUCUCUCAAGAUGCGACUGUCGGAGAGUGGACAGGAGUUGUCGCACUGUGAGGAGAAGUUGGAGUUGGUGGAGAGGAGUCUGAACUGCACGCAGGAUGAGUUGAGUGGGAAAAGCAGUGAGUUGGAGAGGGAGAGACAGCAGACUCACAAACUCUCAGUGGAGUUGAGGAGCACGAGGGAACAGCUGGUCACUCACGAACAGGAACUGCACGACGCCAGAGCAGCCAUCGGAAGACUGCGGGAGGAGUGUGCGGGGGAGAAGGGCAAGAACCAGGAGGCUGCCGCUGAGAUCUACAGACAGAGACAACUGGGCAACAAAAUGGAGUCCCAGCUGGCAGUCAGCGCCACACAGAACGCCAACCUGGCGGACAAGAUCUCCACUUUGGAGAGUGGGGUGAAGGCACUGCAGGAGGAGUUAGGGAGGGAAAGGGAGAAGUUCCAGAAGAGCCAGGAGCAGCUGCACCAGACCAGACACCAGCUGGCCUCUGUGGAGAGGGACUAUGCUCAGAGCCAGAAGACACUGAAGGACACCCAGAACCAGUUGACGAAGGCGGAGAACUCGAUUGGUCACUUGAAAGAGGAGUUGAUGGACAGCCACAGUAGAGUGAGUGUGUUGAAGGAGACAGUGGCAGACACUCAGGCACAACUCAACACUGCCCACACACAGCUGGACAGUGGCGACAGAGACAAGCGAAAACACAUGGAAGAGGUGAACAAGUACGAGGACAUGUUGACGGAUGUGCGGAGUCGGCUGGGUGGGGCUGAGGAGGAGGUGAGGCAGUUGGGGACAGAGAACGAGGAGUACAAGGGGAAAGUGCAGCAGCUGCAGAUGGAGGUGAACACUCUGAAGGGCAACCACAAGGAGACCAUGGCACAGCUGAACGAGAAGUCAUCUCACAACUCCCAACUCAGAACAGACCUCAGCAGACUCACGCAGAACAAUGAGAACCUCACCAACGAGGUGCGGGCGAGUGAAGAGAAGUUGCGGGUGGUGAGGGGGGAGCUGAAGCAGACGCAGGAGCACUUCAGGGGGGUGCAGGACGAGUUAAGUGUGAUGCAGCACCAGUUGGAGGAGAGCAACAACCGGGUGGGGGCUGCCAAUGAGAAGCAGAGACACCUGACGGCCGAGUUGGGGGCGAGGGAGGAGGAGGUGGGGCAGUUGCGCCAUGAACUGGCCACGCUGGAGGACAAACUGAGACACAAACACGACGAGAACAACCGACUGUCGGCCGAGGUGCAGAGUUUGGAGUCGAAGCUGGAGGCGAGCAGGGGCGAGAUAGGGGCCAUGCGGAUGUCUCUGGACGAGGCCAGGGCCAACUCGGACAGACUGCACCGGGAGAGCGAACUGGUGGUGGCCAAUGUGAACAAGUGGGUUCAGGAGCAGAAACAAGCGAACGAGAAGCUGGCCAGUAAGAUUAGGGAGCAGAGUCGGGCUCUGGUGGCACUGAGUGCUGAGAAGGAGCACGUGGGCCAGCAGGCGGAGAGGUAUCAGAGGAACUACGAGGCAGCUGCCGCAGAGCUGGAAGACAGACGACUGGAACUGGCCAAAUACAAGGAGUUGCAGACACAGUCCACACAACAACAGGUGAUGUUGGAGCAGAUGAAGGUGCGUCUGGAGGACCACGAGAGUGAGCAGGCGGAGGAGCUGCAGGAGAAGACUGGGGUGAUCGAGGACCUGCACGCACGCCUGAAGAGCAACAUGUCCACCAUACAACAACUCAACCAGCAGUUAAACAGUCUGAACAAGGAGAAUCUUCGGCUGAAGAGUGGACUGGACAAGGAGUUGAGUGAGAAGCACAUGCUGCAGUACCAGCUGGAGACCAAAGCCACAGCUGUGAGUGAGCUGAGACAGCAGCUGGACCAGCUCAAACUCACACACCUCUACCCAGAGUCACAGCCACACUCACGCUCACAACACCAAAACAACAAUAGGGCAUCCAAGAACAACAACACAAAGAGUACAGUGAGUAAGGAGCUGGAGAAGGCGGGCGUGGGGGACCAGGGGGAUCUGGACAAGAGCUACUGGAUCGCCAGAGUGGGGGAGUUGUCAGUUCAGCUGCAGCAGUCGACGGAGUACUGGAAGAACAAAGUGAGAGAUGCUCAGAUGCAGGCCACAGUCCCAGACAGCCACAAGUCAGCCAACAGACAACAACAACAUCAGACACACCAUACAGGCCACCAUAAGGACUACUAGAACAGUCUUCUUCUAGUCUAUUCCCCCUCAUCACAAGAACAUCAGACAACCAACCAACAAACCAGCCAGACACCUUAGCCAACUGGACCAUAUAAAACAGCCAUCAAUCAGUCCAACACAAACUGUGACCUCAUCCUUUUUUUGUAAUUUUCUAUUCUAAUCUGCCGUCUUUCUGUAAAUUUGAAUCAAAUUCUUCGGUUUCUUCCUAUUGAUAGAUUUGUUUUGUAAAUAGACUGUAAAUUGUACAGCGCCUUUAUUGCCACAAUGUCUGAAAGAGUAAUACAUUCUUGAUAUCAA